UCUGUUCGCCCCCCCCCUGCCUGUCUUUCUCCAUACACUGACUGACUGAACUGUUACUAUGCCUGUAAAGACACCUGCUCUCACAAACAGGAAACCACCACCAGCAGCACCUGGCAAACACUGAGGAGCUUCACUAACCCUCAGAUCACUCAUCGUUUUCUCCUCACCGAACCAUACAAGCGGGACGAGACUCAACGGAAGAGAGACAUAUACUGAGACCAAAGCAUCCACAGCUCAUCCACUGCGGGACCAAGAACCCAACCGAGCAGUCGCAUCAUGAUUGAGAGUGACAGAGAGCUGUCGGCUAUGGUGCAGGAGCUAUGGGACAAUGACAUCAACAGACUCAAACCGGGAAAAGACUACAGGAUCUCGCUGCAGGGCAAAGCUGGAGACAGCAUGGUCAACGACAACAAUGAUGGAGCAGGAUAUCCUCUGUUUACAUUUGUCGAUGAGAAUAUUUUCAAAAAGGAGACGUUUUUAGCCUUUAUCUCCCUGUUGGAUAACUAUGAGAGUGACACUGGUGAGCCAGAAAUUGUAACCCCCGAGGAGGUGGCAGAGAACCACAAGUUCCUGGACUCCAUCAUUCAGACUCCCACUAUGAAGAUAGCUCAUAAAUAUCUGGUAGAGAAGCACCUCUCUCCAGCGGAUGACACACAAUUCAAGGAGCAGCUGUACAGGAUCUGGUUUGAACUUUAUGCGAGGAGAGGAUCCAGCAGGCCAGACUCUUCAGGGUUUGAACACGUGUUUGUUGGAGAGACAAGAGGAAGGCGGACUGUCAUCGGCUUUCACAACUGGAUCCAGCUCUACCUACAAGAAAAGCUGGGACACAUCGACUACAAAGGCUACAGUGUCAAUGCAAAUUCACCCCAGCCCGACGAGAACAAACACAUCCUGGCGCUACAGUUCAGCUGGAAGAACGGUAUAAAGCCCAAGGGCAGCAUCUUCAUCGGCGUCAGUCCCGAGUUCGAGUUCGCCCUCUAUACUCUCUGUUUCCUCACUUCACCCAAUGAGCGUGUCAAAGUCCAGUUCAGUUUCUAUGACGUGGAGAUUGUUUGCCACCACUACAACCAAAAGCACAUAGGCACCACUUACCCUGUGCUCCUUAAGUACCAGACAUCUCAGUAACUUGACUCAAAAUCAAUUUGAGAUAUAACUUCUCCAACACUUGCAUACAAAGUGUCACAGGUAUUGUUGUCUUUUAAUUUUAGAUAAAGAUACAAUAAAACCUUACAAGACCCA